AUGGCGUUGCCUCCCGCCAACCCCCCCGUGUCGACCGCCCUCCCCUCCGACGCCUUCCAGCUCCUCCCGGAAGCCGAGAAGCCCGGUGCCGCCGAGGAUGCCCUCUACGAACAGCAGAUAAGAGAUGUCGAGGCCUGGUGGGCCACACCUAGGUACGAGGGCAUCGUACGGCCAUACACUGCCGCAGACGUCGUGUCGAAGCGCGGGUCGCAGCUGCAAAGCUAUCCCAGCUCCCUCAUGGCGAGAAAGCUUUUCAACCUGCUCAAGGAGAGGGGGGCGAAAGGAGAGCCGGUACACACCAUGGGCGCUAUCGACCCCGUACAGAUGACGCAGCAGGCACCGCACCAAGAGGUUCUCUACGUUUCCGGCUGGGCCUGCUCCUCGGUCCUCACCACCACCAACGAAGUCUCGCCCGACUUUGGCGAUUACCCCUAUAAUACCGUCCCGAACCAGGUCCAGCGCCUUGCCAAGGCCCAGUCCAUGCACGACCGGAAGCAAUGGGACCUGCGGCGGAAGAUGACGCCCGAGGGCCGUAAGAAGACGCCUUACACCGACUACCUGCGUCCUAUCAUCGCCGACGGCGACAUGGGCCACGGCGGUUUGACCACCGUACUGAAGCUCGCCAAGCUGUUCGCCGAGAACGGCGCUGCCGCCGUCCACUUCGAGGACCAGAUGCACGGCGGCAAGAAGUGCGGCCACCUGGCUGGUAAGGUGCUGGUGCCCGUCGGCGAGCACAUCAACCGCCUUACAGCCGCGCGCUUCCAGUGGGACGUGAUGGGCACCGAGAAUCUCGUUAUCGCCCGCACCGACUCGGAGAGCGGCCGACUCAUCUCGAGCGCCGUCGACGUGCGGGACCACGAAUUCAUCCUUGGCGUCUCCGGCGAGGAGGCCGUCGCGGGCGCGGCGCUCGCUGAGACGCUGCAGGAGAUGGAGGCGGCGGGCGCCCCCGGGGCCGAGAUCGAUGAGUUCGAGGCCGCGUGGGUCAAGAAAACGCGGCUCGUGACCUUUGACGAGGCCGCCGUGGAGCAGAUGACGGCGCGCGGCGUCGCCAAGGACAGCAUCGACGCCUACCUCCGCGCCGUCGCCGCCGACCGCAACAUGAGCAUCACGCGGCGCCGUGCGCUCGCCCGCAAGGUCGGCGGCAGUCAGGCUAUCGCGUUUAGCUGGGACUUGCCGCGCACGCGCGAGGGCUUCUACCACUACCGUGCCGGCAUGGUGGCGGCGACGAAGCGCGCGAUCGCCUUCGGGCCGCACGCGGACCUGCUGUGGGUGGAGACGGGUGACCCGGACGUCGGUGUCGCGACGCGGCUGGGGCAGGCGGUGCGUGCGGCAUUUCCGGGCAAGGGGCUGGUGUACAACCUGUCGCCGUCGUUCAACUGGAUGGCGCACGGCUUCACCGACGCGAGCUUGCGGUCCUUCAUCUGGGACAUCGCGCGGGAGGGCUUCGUGCUGCAGCUCAUCUCGCUCGCCGGCCUGCACAGUACUGCCGCCAUCACGCACGAGCUCGCCCGGCGCUACAAGACGGACGGCAUGCUCGCCUACGUCGAGCUCGUCCAGCGCCGCGAGAAGGAGCUCGGUUGCGACGUGCUCACCCACCAGAAGUGGAGCGGCGCCAGCUACAUGGAUGGCAUCCUCGGCGCCAUCCAGAGCGGUAGCAGCAGUAGCAAGAGUAUGGGCGACGGCAACACCGAGGGCCAGUUUGACUGA